GUGCCCUCGUCCGCUCUCCCGGAGUUCUGCCUUCGCACUUCGGUUAACUCCAGGAAACUUUUCUCCCGCCAUACGUCCUCCUCCUCGCGCUUGUGCGGCGCUCCAUUUUUCUCUUCCGUGGGUUCUCAGGCUUUGAUUCAUCGCAUAGGAGCUCUCGUGGGAGAUGCCAUUUCUGAUCUAGGUCUUUGAAGGAUUUGAUCUAAUAAUUGGAGCACGUGAUUGUUUAAUGUUGCAAGUUCUCAUUCCAAACCAGGAUCCUUUUCUUCUAUUGUGGCUUUGAAUUUUCCAAGUAUUGCACACUUAUUUCAACAUGGUGGAACGCAAGUUAUACAAAACCAAGUUAUGCAUCCUAUUUCAAAGAGGCCGCUGUCCGCGCGAGAGCUGUACAUUUGCCCAUGGAGAAGCUGAACUUAGGAGGUUCUCUGGUGGUGUUAAGAGGGAUUUCCGAGGUAGUGACUUGAGGGAGAGACUUGACAGGCGACAAUCACCUCGUGGAAGGUCUACCUUGAGACGAUACCCUAGAGGAAGACAUGCAUUUCAUGAUCAGAGACAUGAUAGGGGGUACAGUCCUUCUCGCUCGCCUGGAAACGAAAGUGAGAGGAGAAACUCAAAACGGCAGCAUCUGAAUAGCCAUAGUGAUAUUUCUGAUAGCGUAAAUUCAUUGGAUGAUGAUGGGGAUCAAAGAAAGAAAACAAACAUUUACCCAAAUGAUGACAAAGAUAUUUUGGAAGUACAGUUAAAGCAAGCUCAAUUGGAUAUUGAAAUGCUUGAUGAUCACAAAUGUGAGCUAGAGGAUUCCUUGAAGAAGACAAAAGAAGAAGCUGACAGACUUGCUACAAGAAAUGAGGAACUUGAAAACCAACUGAAGCAAGUGCAUGAAGAUUGUAAAAGGAUUACUUCAAAAAUAAAAAAAUUCGUGAAAGCUCAGAGCCGUUAUGCAAGCGCCCAAGAUGAAUUGAAAAGGGCGCAAGCGCGGCUGGAAAAACUGGGAGGUCAAAUGGCGUCAAUCAUUGCAAAACCUAUUCCAAAUGAGGAAGAUUCAAGUAUUGACAUCAUCAGUGAUGAAGAUGCAGAUAAUCAUGGUCAGUUGAGCCCUGGAAUCAAGCAGCAGAAUAAAGUCUCUCCAUUCAAGAAAAGGUUGUGUAUCAGCCAUCCUUCUGGCGAAGAAACUAAAUCUGCAAAUCCAAGGAAACAAGAAGCCAAUGAUAGAUUGGUGCUGCAGUCUGAGAAAAGUGGCAAAGAAGCUCAGGGAGGAUCAUCAUCUCUAUCUUUGAGAAAAAAAAAUUAUAAACAUUCAGUAGAUCUAAACAUACCUGCUUGGGAGAAACUCACGCUUUCUGCUGUUCCAUCUCAAGAUAAGCCAAAAGGAUCAGAUUUAGGGCAUGGACUACCAUCAACUGGUAUGGCUGCGAACGUGGAGGAUGAACUCGUUGAAGCAAUUGAGGUUGAUGGAAAACCUGAAUUAACAGAUUCUAUAAACAUUUCAACAACCGGUUCAGUUGCCUCUCUGGACCCUGCUUCUGCUAAGCAUGGUCAAGGCAGUCUCUCACAUCUUCAAUUACCAGCAAAUCCUCAGAAUGCCUAUGACAAGUACAAGAGGGAUGAUGAAGAUGAUGAAGAUGUGGAUGUGGAUGGUGACGAGGAUGGCGGUGUUGUUCAUAAUGGUGUAGGUGGGAUCGAUCUAAAUGCCAAAGUUGGAGUUGUUCACUAGCCAGAACGCAGCAAACGAGUAAGGGAACUGAAAGAAGAAAAAUGAAUCUAUGCAAUAACUGCAAUCCUUUCUGGCUUGUUAAGAUGUUAUAUAGAUAAUGAUACUAAACACCAUCAAUUGCUGAUUAGGUUCAUACGUAUUGAAGUGGUUCUUGUAUCUCUUUGCUUCUGAUGGUUGGUAAGGAUAUGUUUCAGCUUCCUUAGUGUGAGGAUCUUGUAACGUCGGAACAGAUGAUAGCAACCCUAUGACAAUGCUUCCGCACUUUAUUUCUAGCAA